AUGGAUGAGACUAAAAACGUAUACAUUGGUAACAUACCAUUUGAUCAUACCGAGGAACAAGUUUUAGAAAUAGCGAAGUCGGUUGGGCCGGUGAUAGACUUGAAAUUACUUUUUGACCCCAUGACGGGAAAGUCUAGAGGAUAUGCCUUUAUUAAGUACGGCGAUCACGAAACAGCAGCAUCCGCUGUAAGAAACUUGAAUAAUAUGGCAAUUGGCAAUAGAAAUAUAAAAUGUUCAUUUUCUAAUGAUAAUUCUGCAUUCCCAGACAGUAGUAAUGGAAAUGCAGACAAAUUACCAGCUUUGCCAUUAGGAAUACAAUUAUUUAAUAAUCAGACCAUACCUCAGGCCAUAUCAAACGCAUUAUCUGGUCUCGAUCAACGAUCAGCUUACCAGCUCAUGAAAGAAGCAAAGCAAAUGAGUGAAGAUAAUCCUACUUUAAUGAAAAAGUUACUAGACCAAUUUCCACAACUAGCACAUGCAUUAGUGGAAACCAGUUUAUUGUUAAACUUCACCACUCCGGAAAUAGUAAAAUUAUGUGUUAACUCGAAACAAUUGGAGUUGGAAAGUUUGACCCUAGACCAUGUUCAAUUAUUGAAGCAAGUCUCUCAGUUAUCUGACCCGGAAAUCGAUUCUUUAACGAAGGAUCAGAGAAAUAUCAUAAGCAAAAUGAAGUCAGAAAUAGCAAACGGCUCGUAUGGGGUGAUCUAA